AUGCAUUAUCCUAGUGAAGAUCAUAUGGGUGCUGUGAUGCGUAUUUUGAGGUAUUUGAAAGUAACUCAUGGCAAGAGGUUAAUAUUUUCCAAGUAUGGUCAUACAGAUGUGGAAGGGUAUAAGGAUGCUAAUUGGGCUGGUUCAGUCACUGAUAGAUGUUCUACGUUUGGGUAUUUCACAUUUGUUGGUGGUAAUCUUGUUACUUGGAGGAGUAAAAAGAAAAAAGUGGUGUCUCGGUCUAGUGCUGAAGCCGAGUAUCGUGGGAUGAUGAUAGGAUGCUAA